AAAAAAAAAUCACUGUUCUUGACGUUAAGGCAGGUAUUUUUACUGCAAUAUAAGCAGUCCAACCCAGAUGUCCAACACUUAAAGCUGGCUUACACCCCAACGCUUCACACGCCGCAGUUCAUCAACAACUGGUUUGCACUUUCUUCUUCCAAAAACACACUCUUGCCUCUCUUACGCUGCUAUACAGAUUCUGAUUCUUCCCCUAACGAUCCCCAAUCCCCAUAAAUGGCUUCUCGCAACCUCCGACGGCCAUCGCUUCCAAUUCCUCACCAUUCCUCUAAUUUACUCUACCGGAAACCAUGCAUUACUCAACCCCUAAUACUACCUCCAACUCCACUGGCAGUACUAUUACCACUAGUAGCAGCAGCACCAGUAGAAACAAUGCCUCUCCGCCUCCCUUUUCCACUUCUGCUGGGCGUAACAAUCGAACCUAUCGCGGUGUUAGGCGCCGAAGUAGUGGGAAAUGGGUGUCCGAAAUUAGGGAGCCUCGGAAGCCUAAUAGAAUUUGGUUAGGCACAUUCUCUACUCCUGAAAUGGCUGCUGUUGCUUAUGAUGUUGCAGCUCUUGCUCUCAAGGGUAAAGACGCUGAGCUCAACUUCCCUGACUCGGCUUCUUCUUUGCCCGUUCCUGCUUCUACUUCUCCGCGUGAUAUCCAGGCCGCUGCUGGCUCUGCUGCUGCAGCCAUUGGGGCCGCUGCGGCCGCCAUGGGAGAAGCAAAAAAGGAUAUUGUUGGUUCUUCUGCGAAUUGGGGUAAUCAAGCUGAGGAAGACACAGGAGAGGCUGUAGGGCGUCCUGAUUUUCUGGAUGAGGAUCUGAUCUUUGAUAUGCCAAAUGUUCUAGUCAAUAUGGCUGAAGGAAUGCUUCUUAGCCCUCCUCGUUUGGACUUAUCCGGUGACUAUACUCAUGACUACGAAAGUACUGGGGAUCAAAACCUUUGGAAAUUUCCCUAA